AUGGAAUAUGAAAGUAAUUCUGAUGUGUAAGAACUUUUUCCUCUAAUUUUUGAAUAAAACUCAAAAAUUCCCUUUUAACAAUUUAAUAAAUUUUAACGAAUUGAUAUCUAUAAAAAUUUUCCUAAACUGAUAGGAAAUAGUUUUGUAAAAUGGAUAAACAAAUAAAAAGAAAUUUAAGGUGCGAUUGGCAUAUAAAAAUUAAUAAAAUAAAGAAAAGAAUCUAAAUAGGCAAAUUUUAAAAUAAAAGAUCUUUAAGAAUUAUGUAGUGAUGAAGCUUCAAAAUAAGUUUUUUAAGAAUUUAUUUUGGAUGAGUUUUUCUUAAAAUUAAUACAUAGCAAUAAAAUUGAAGAUUCAUUUUCAUAUGUUGCAGGAAUAAGUAAUUAUUAUUCUGCAGCUUAAGAACCUGAAAAAAUGAAAAGCAAUUACUUAACCAGAUAACUUUUUACAGAUCUCUUAAAUAAUACUCAUUGA